AUGCGCGGAAGCAUAGUUCUUAUCGCGUGGCUUUUCGGCACGUUGUCCGUGCCGUUCCCAUCUGUGGAUGCCCAAUUUAGUGGUUGCGAUAGGCAGAAAACAUUCACGACCGGUGAAGUGUUUUACGUGGAGACACCGAACUUCCCGAACUAUUACGCGAAGGGUACCAACUGCCGCUGGCAGCUGACGGCCCCGGCCGGGAGCACGUUCUACGUCAAUUGCUAUGAUAUGUAUCUAGCGACGUCAACCGGAUGUUCGGCAGAUCGUUUAGAGAUAUCCCUCCAAAAUGAUCCUACUCUCGCCUCUGCUACCAAGUACUGUGGGCAGAAUACUUUCACACUAAAAUCUACUGGUAAUCGGGCCGUGUUUGCCUUGCGCUCGACCACCACCUCAACAGGAGGACGGUUCCGGUGUCAAGUCGUGGCAGAGGCAGCAACAUGCAAAUGUGGAUUGCGCCGCACCUCGAAGAUUGUGAAUGGUGUCCCGACGCUGGUCAACGAGUUCCCAAUGAUGGCGGCCCUGGUCGAUUCUAAAUCACGCUCAGUCUUCUGUGGUGCUACGAUCAUUUCCGAGUAUCACUCGAUAUCAGCCGCACACUGCAUGAGGGGUCGUAGCAUCUUGGCAUCAGGGUUGCUGGUGGGUGAUCAUGAUAUCAAUGUCGGUACGGACACUAGCUACUCGGUGCUGAUGCGUCUCGCCUCCGUUACGAAUCAUCCGUCGUUCGUGUUCAGCCCGUCACAGAACGAUAUAGCGAUCGUGCGCACUGCUGAUCGCAUCAUCUUCAACGCUGGCGUUGGACCUGUCUGUUUACCGUUCCGAUUCUCCAGCAACAACUUUGCGGGCUCGAUCGUUGAAGCAGCCGGCUGGGGUACGUUGGACUACGGUGCACAAAUCUCCAACGUUCUCCGGAAGGUGUCGCUCAACGUUAUUACGCAGCAGGCUUGUCAAGCGUCCGUGGCUAACAUUUUCCCGUCGCAUAUCUGCACCUACACGCCCAAUAAGGACUCUUGUCAGUAUGAUUCUGGCGGUCCACUCUUCUACACCACCGGUGGUAACGUGUAUUUGGUCGGUAUCAUCAACUACGGUACAGCCUGCGCCACUAAAAAACCAUCCGUCAGCAGCCGAAUCACUUCCUACCUGUCGUGGAUCCAAAGCAUGACACCGGGCAUUACCUACUGUAUGCCGUAA